AUGUCCUCGGAGGUGCUCCUGGCUGAGGUCAAGCGCUGGUUCUACGCCCAGGAGAGUGACGGGUUUGCAGAGGAGGCUUUUGCCUUCGCUGACCAGCACACCGACUUCUUUGAGGCAGCUCGAAGCUAUUUCGACAUGGGUGGUGAAGAGCACCGUCUGGACUGGACAGAGCUCCACCAAAGCUUCGUGGCCGACUUUUCUGGCCGUUUAGAGGCCUUCCUGGCACUCCAGAGAUCCGACCUGGAGGGCCUCAGCGCCGCCUUCGAGGCCGCCGACCUCGGCGACGAUCCCCAGGCUGCGGUGAUGGUGCAGCUGAUGCUGAACAUGGCGGACUACGAGCCAUGGCUCAACUCGAUGCUCGCGCUUGUAGAGGAGCGUCGGAAGGAGGCAGCAGAUGCAUGCGGAUCCGAGACCUGUCCAGAGCUUCCGCCAGCAGAGCCGGCGGAGUCCGCGGAUGACCUGGAUGCCUUCAUGUAG